GAGACAUCGUCAAGGUGUGGGAUUAUAUGGAGAAGGGAUUUCACUAACUGUCUGUUGAAAUGGGACAUUAAACGGUGAGAAACGAUGUCGGUUAAUGCUUCACAGUAAUCGUAAAGCUCCACGGCCUUGGCUACUUUUGAGGCAUUGUUCGUUAUCACUCAGGAGAACAUGAGAGAGAGGGAGAGGAAAACUGAAUCGGAGACGAAAGCAAAGCAAUGGCGACGACAGAGAGGGAGAGAGAUCUAGAGCUUCUACUGCCAGUCGCUAGUAUCGUCGAAAAUAAAUCGUUGCCCCCUCCGGUCGCUGCUUCGUCCCAUCGUCACUCUUCUGGCAAAGAGGCAUUGUCUAAAGUCAUCCGGACCUGGGCUUCAAAGAAGUUCAUAUCAGGAUGCGUCAUUUUGUUUCCAAUAGCGGUAACAUUCUACAUCACUCGCAGUUUCAUUCAUUUCAUGGAUGCCUUCUCUCCAAUCUACAAUCAUCUAGGGAUGAUGGGAUCAAUGUUUUUGGUCUUGGAUUCAUUACUUCUAUUACCUUCAUCUUCUUAGUUGGCAUUUUCAUGUCCUCAUGGUUGGGAGCCUCUGUUCUUGGCCUUGGGGAAUGGUUUAUUAAGAAAAUGCCACUUGUAAGCUACAUAUAUUCUGCCUCAAAACAGAUAAGUGCAGCAAUAUCCCCAGAUCAGAGCUCCAAUGCCUUUGAGGAAGUGGCCAUUAUAAGACAGCCACGUAUCGGGGAAUAUGCAUUUGGAUUUAUCACUUCUACCUUCAUUCUUCAGAGGAGUGCGGGUGAAGUGGAACUCUGCUGUGUUUACGUACCCUCUAACCACCUCUAUCUUGGAGAAAUUUUUCUCAUCACUUCAAAUGAUGUUAUGAGGCCUAAUUUGUCUGUUCGAGAAGGAAUUGAAAUUUUCAUCUCCGGGGGCACAUCAGUUCCUCAAGUAUUGACUGUGGCAGAUACAAAAGCCAUUCCAAUGCCAAGAAUUGGCAACUUUGACACCUAAUAUGUCUAAUGGUUGAUCAUCAAUACUGGCAAUAUGUUCAAUUUGCUACCUAAAUGUGGCAAGUGGAUGAUUUAGACUAUCCAAAACUCAAAAGGACACCAAGCUAACUGUUACUCCUCCAAGCAGCGCAGCAGUUGAACAGAGGUUUUGCAGACAAUUGUAGACACUUGAAAAUUGUGAGCUCCUUAACAUUAACUGAAGUUCACUCGAGAGUAAUCGGAGUAGGGACAUCUAAAAGUGAGGGAUUGAAACCCUUCUAGGCAGAUUUUUGUGUGAGCCAGUAGAUUGCAGCUCUUUCUCCUUUCAUCGACUGUCUGCAUAUGUUUCUCCAUGUGAUCUUUAGGUUAGGGGAGAAAUUGUAUUACACUUGGAUCU